UGCGCACUGUGGGCGCUGGUGCGGGACAGCUGGCGCCGGCUGCCGAGUGGCUGGAGGCGGCGACCGUGACGUCCCAGAGCGAGCUACGCUGCAGGAGCUGCAGCCGCCGCCACCCCUGUACGGAAAGACGCUCAGCGACAGAGGGACCCUUCCUCACUUUUGGAAAUGGCCGGUGAAAUCACAGAGACCGGGGAGCUCUAUUCUCCCUAUGUGGGACUGGUGUACAUGUUCAACCUCAUCGUGGGCACCGGCGCACUCACCAUGCCCAAGGCCUUUGCCACCGCCGGGUGGCUCGUCAGCCUGGUCCUGCUGGUGUUCCUGGGCUUCAUGAGGGUGUGUGAUUGGGACUUGACCGCUUGUCUGUGUCCUAGCAAGGAGAGCUUCAUGACGACUACCUUCGUGGUAGAAGCCAUGGCAGCAGCCAACGCCCAGCUCCACUGGAAGAGGAUGGAGAACCACCAGAAGGAGGACGAUGGGGACUCCUCCACAGCCUCUGACAGUGACAGCCUCCUCCAGGACAGCCACGAGCGGGCAGAGAAACGGCCCAUCCUCUCUGUGCAAAGACGCGGGUCUCCAAACCUCUUUGAAAUCACAGACCGUGUGGAAAUGGGACAGAUGGCCUCCAUGUUCUUCAAUAAAGUUGGGGUCAACUUGUUCUAUUUCUGCAUCAUCAUCUACCUGUACGGGGACCUGGCCAUCUAUGCCGCCGCCGUGCCCUUCUCCCUCAUGCAGGUGUCCUGCAGUGCCAUCGACAACGACUCCUGUGGUGUGGAGGCCCACACCAAGCACAACGACACGGACCUGUGCUGGGGGCCACUGCGCCGAGCGGACGUCUACCACAUCUACCUGGCCGUCUUCACUCUCCUCCUGGGGCCCUUUGCCUUCUUCGACGUCCAGAAGACCAAGUACCUCCAGAUCCUGACCUCCCUGAUGCGAUGGAUCGCUUUCGCCAUCAUGAUCGUGCUGGCCCUGGUCCGCAUCGGGCGCGGGCAGGGGCAGGGGCACCCGCCCCUGGCUGACUUCUCCGGGGUCCGGAACCUGUUCGGCGUCUGCGUCUAUUCCUUCAUGUGCCAGCACUCCCUGCCGUCCCUCAUCACGCCGGUGACCUCCAAGCGCCGCCUCACGCGCCUGGUCCUCCUGGACUACGUGCUGAUCCUGGCUUUCUACGUCCUGCUGUCUUUCACCGCUGUCUUCUGCUUCCGCGGCGACAGCCUGCUGGACAUGUACACCCUCAACUUCGCGCGCUGUGACGUCGUGGGCGUGGCCGCCGUGCGCUUCUUCCUGGGCCUCUUCCCGGUCUUCACCAUCAGCACCAACUUCCCCAUCAUUGCCGUGACGCUGCGCAACAACUGGAAGACUCUCUUCCACCGCGAGGGGGGCACGUACCCCUGGGUGGUGGACCGCGUGGUGUUCCCCACCAUCACGCUGAUGCCCCCGGUGCUGGUGGCCUUCUGCACCCACGACCUGGAGUCCCUGGUGGGCAUCACGGGGGCCUAUGCGGGCACCGGCAUCCAGUACGUCAUCCCCGCCUUCCUGGUGCACUGUUGCCGCAAGGACACCCAGCUGGCCUUCGGCCACGGGACCCUCAAUAAGCACAGGUCCCCUUUCCGCCACACCUUCUGGGUGGGCUUCGUGCUGCUCUGGGCUUUCUCCUGCUUCAUCUUUGUCACGGCCAACAUCGUCCUCAGCGAGACCAAGCUCUGAUGGCAGAACGUGUCUGCGCCGAGGGGUCGGGGCCCCAACCUGGCCCCGCCCCGCCCUCCCCACCUACAGAGCCAAGAUCUAGUUGCCUCCCAGGUCCCCAUGGGGCAGGCGAGGCCCGGGUACUUGGAGGGGACCCUGCACGUCUCCAGCUGGGGAUCGUCUGCCCACCUGGGCUUCCGCACAGCCUGCACCUCACCUCAGCGGCCAGGGCAGGUCCUCAUGCCCCGCCCCCCGGGGCAGCCCCCUGCCAGCCAAGCGCACAGCAGGACACGCGGUCGCUCCCAGAGUCCAGAGCUGGUUACUGGACUCAACCUCUCUGCUGUACACACUAAUCCCAUCCCCAGGGGCUCGGUCCUCUCCCUGCACGGUGGUGACACAGUGCAUCUGUUUAUACCAGAUUCCACGUCCCCCUUCUCCCUCCCAGCCCCCUCCCACGUCCUCGUCUGGGAAGUCUGCCCCACUGGGAGCUGCCGCCACCUCGGGAUGGAUCCCAGGCUCUCACCCUCCUCCCCACCGGGCCUGCCCGUGACAGGCUGGGCCCACCUUCCCGCCAGGCUCGGCAUUGCCGGGGAGGGCCUGACCCGCCCCAAUGACGAGCAGGAGGUGCUAACUGGCACUAGGGUCCCUGGCCCAGAGCUACGAGGGCCCUGCUGUGGGCGCCAGUUCCUCUCCCGGGCUCCUGAGCCCAUGAUGACUCAGAGACAGCGGCCAGGAGCAGCCCUUCCAUGGGACACAGCAGCUCGUGCACCGGUUUAAAGCCUGGAGUUUGUGACGCCUGAAAGGGAUCCUCUGCUCUCCCGACUGCUCCGCUGGGCCUCUGGGGGCCUCCUGCAGUGUGGGGGACAGUGUGUAAGGGCCACUGGAAGGAAGCUGCUCCUACCUGCUCCACAUGACUUGGGAGUGCCCUGGCCUGUAGUGGCGAGCGGGUCUGGUGGUUCCCACCUGUAAGAGGUCAGGCCUGCCCCUAGUCCCUGCUCCAACACUAAAGAUGGCUCCCUUUCAAGCCAGACUGGGUGCUCAGUGUUCACACACUCCGUGUCCCUUGGGCACCAUGGGGUGAGAUGGGGCACCGGCCACCAUCCCCAUGGAAAGAGAGUCAGGUUCCCAUCCACCUCGCCAGCUUUUCGUGGUCCCUUCCCUGUCACAAUCAUGCAUGCGUCUGCGGGAACAGCCGUCCUCAGAAACAGGUGACUCUAAUGAACUCUGCAUUUUCGAUGUGCCUUUUCCUGCUUCAGGACCUGGGGUUCGUUCCUGACCGUCCCUGGCUGCCUCCAGCCCCGGGCCUAGUCCUACCCGUCCUGGAGCCCAGAGGGGCUUGGCCAGGAGCUGCCUCUCUGGGGUGGGGUCUCAGGCCCUGCCCCUCCCUCUGGAUUUCAGUGCCUUGCUCAGUCCUGGAUAGGGAACUGCAGCCUCCCCCGCGUGGCUUCAUACCUUGAACAGAGCGGCCGCACUGGGCCUCCUGGUGGUCUCGGGGGAGGGCAGAGGGACACAUGAGUUUGCAGGAAUAUGGGGAGUCCACAGGCAACACUACCCCACACCUUUCACCCCCAGCAGCGCCAGCCUGUGAGAACCCCGUGUCAUACAUAACUGGCCAUGAUCUGCUUUCUCUCAUCACACAUUUUCAGUUCUCACAGCUUGUACCCAUGUGUCAUCAUUUUCCAUUCACCUGAAAUCUGCCCCAUCUGCCCUUGUAGCUUCUUUCCAGGAGGCCCUACCCUGAGGUGGGCAAGGCUGGGUGGGCUCCAGGGUGGCCCAGCCCCCUGUGGCUCAGACCCUCCCUGGAGCUGCCCUGCCGAAAACUUGAAACAUCUGUACUUAGCCUUCUCCAAUUACGUUCCCUUUUGCUUGAGAACAGAUUAAAUCAUCCUGCCGCCCCAGGCUCCAAACCAGA